AUGGCGAGCGCGCCCGUGCUCGUGCACGCGCGGCGGGCGGGGGCGGGGGGGGCGGCGGCGUUCGGGCAGAGUGUCACCGGCGUGUUCUGCCCGCCGCACACGGACGUGGCCCUGGUGAGCUGCGGGCUGGAGCGCGGCCACUUCCUCAUCUCCGAUGUCCCCUUCCCCGGCUCUGCUGUCACCGUCCUCAAGAGACCCCCGUUCUGCCCCGCCAAGCUGGGAGGGGCCGCGCUGGGUGGCCGGGGGGGACACCCGGGGGUGGCCGCAGCGGUGGCCGUGCUGCUGGAGGCCGCCUGCGGCCACGUCCUGCUGACCCGCCGAGCCGCCACCCUGCGCCACUUCCCCAACGUCUGGGUGCCACCAGGCGGGCACGUGGAGCCGGGAGAAGAGCUGGUGGCCGCAGGGCUGCGGGAGCUGGCCGAGGAGACGGGGCUGCGCCUGGAGCCCGGGACCUUCUCGUGGCGCCUGCUCGGCCUCUGGGAGUCCCUGUUCCCCCCCGCGCUGAGCUGGGGGCCACCGCGCUGCCACCACAUUGUCACCUACCUGGGGCUGCGCUCGGCAGAGCCCCGCCAGCGCCUGCAGGCCCGGCUGUGUCCGAGCCCGUGUGAGGUCAGCGCUGUGGCCUGGCUGGAGCCGCUGGUGCUGGAGGCCAUCGCUGCCACCGAGGAUGGAGCCGAGGGACCGGGACUGGGACCGGGACCAGAAUCGGGACCGGGACCAGAAUCGGGACCGGGACCGGGACCAGAAUCGGGACCGGGAUCAUUUCCCGGAGAGCUGCCGGCCACCGUGGGGAUCCUGGAACUGAGCGCCGACGGCUUCCGCAGCUCCCAAAUUCCCACCGGGAUCCUCCUGCGCCGGGCCCCGGCCCACGGCCCCGACCUGGAGCGCGUCAGCACCGGCACCAAAUUCGCGCUGGGGCGGUGGCGGGCGGGACCCGGCCGGGGGGAGCGGGAAUAAAUCAAUAAAUCAAUAAAUCAUUU